CGAGGAUGUUGUAGUGGUUUGUGUUGUGGUUUGUGCAGCCCUUUGAGACACUAGUGAUUUAGGGCUAUAUAAGUAUCAAUCAAUCAAACAAUCAGUGUUUAUUUAUAUAGCCUUAAAUCACAAAUGUCUCAGCGGCACAUCUCCACCAAACCUUCCCGCCGUGAUUGACAGACGAAGCGACCAUAGAGCGGAGCCACGGCGCCCCAGGAGCCCAAUGAGAGCGCGCGGUAGACGGACUUGAGGAGCGCCCAGCUCCCGGUGGGUCCCUCCGCCGCUUUUUAUAGGCCCGUUUAAUGCUCUUUGUGGUCGGAAGAGGGCGGAGUGUCAUCCCGAGGAGCGCGGAGCUCCCAGCUGACUCGGUGCCUGCAGAAAAUAAAUAAAUAUAACAAUAACCGCCGCCUCCUUCCUCCUGGUUGGGAUGCAGUCUGCAGGCUGGAGGACGCCUGCCGCAGACACCGAGCAGCUCCAUGACGUGUCGGUGACAAAAAAGGACAAACGAGGACAGCGAAAGAGUUUCCUUGAGGAAAAAAAAAAGGCUUAAAGGAUCCCACAAGUGUCUGAGCGAUGGUUUAGCGGAGCGGCUAAAAUUUCUUCCGAUCUACCGCAACCCAUCCCCGCAUUAAAAAGAGCCGCGGACGCGUCCUGGAGGGAGAUGGCUGUCUUCCGGCUGGCGUUGCUGCUGCACGUUGGCUUCGUGAUCGCUCACGGAGGAGGAGGAAGAGAAGGCGGCGGCCGGACGCACCGCGGCCACCGGCUGGCGCAUCUCCGCGGGGAGACGGCCGAGCCGAGGCCGAGCGCCGCCGUGGCCGAGUUCCUUCACACGGGCGACUCCGAAACCCUGAAGCGGGCCAACUGCUCGCGGAGGUUCGAGCUCGCCUCACUGCGGGGAAGGGCGCCGGGGAGUCCGCAUGGCUCCGUGCUGGAUGCGGUGAUGCACGCCAGCAACUUCCUCAGCAUGGUGCUGCAAGCCAACAGGUCCAGGGAGCGCAGUCUGCGGCGAGACGUGGAGUGGUACCAUGCCCUGGUCCGGAGCAUCCUGCUGGGGGACCCCGACAUCCACCGGGCCGUGGUCGCAUUCGCCCCCGACGAGUUUCAUCACGCUCCUCCUGGGCCUUGGGUGCACCUGCAAGCCACCAGGGCCGGGGGUGAGAUUGUGCUCCAGGACACGGGUGGGCAUCACCUGCACAACCGCACUGCAGAAACCGAGUGGUUCCAUGGCUUUAAGGACAGGAAGAAGCUCACCUUCCAUAAAAGGGUUCUGAGCCAAGACUUCACAUCGGUGGACAAUUCCCUGAGGAGAGGAGAAAGUUUCAUCCCGGACAAGACUCACCUCAGGUGGUCUGCGCCCUACUUGGAGUGUGAAGAUGGCAACCUUGUCCCUCCUUGGCUUUUGACCUUAUCAGCUGCUUUUUAUGGCCUCAGGCCCAACUUAUCUCCAGAAUUCCGGGGCGUGGUGCGAGUGGACAUUAAUCUCCAGGAUGUUGAUAUCGACCAGUGCUCCACUGAUGGCUGGUUUGCUGGAACCCAUGGCUGCAACCUGACCACUAUGGAGUGUUUGCCGAUGCGCGGCCAUGGCUUCGUGCUGGACAAGUACAAGUGUGUCUGCAGGACAGGAUUCUACCAUCCCAGCCGAGUGGCCGUCAGCGGCGUCACAAGGACGAGGCCAAAGGGGACGGUGCCAGACAGCGGGCCCAAUGCAGACGAGGCGUCUUCCAGCGACUGCCUGACGUGUCAGCCCGGCUGCGCCUUCUGCAAGGACGACACGCCGUGCGUAGCGCGUGAGGACGGCGCCCUGCGCUUAGCGGUGCUCUCCUUCCAGUGCCUGUGCAUAGUGGUGGUCUUCAUAAGCAUGGUGCUCGUCUACCACUUCCGCAGGAACAAGAGUAUCAGAGCGUCGGGCCUCGUCCUGCUGGAGGCCAUCUUGUGCGGCGCUCUUCUUCUCUACUUCCCGGUUGGGAUUCUCUAUUUUCAGCCCAGCGUGUUCCGUUGCAUCCUGCUGCGCUGGGUUCGACUGCUGGGCUUCGCCACCGUCUACGGCACGCUCACCGUCAAGUUGUACAGGGUCUUGAAGGUGUUCCUGUCCCGUACAGCGCAGAGGAUUCCCUACAUGACCAGCUGGCGAGUGCUUCGUCUGCUGGCCAUCAUCCUGCUCAUCGUCUGCUGGUUCCUUGUGGCCUGGACGUCGGCCGUCUGCCAGAUUGCGGACAGGAAGUCGGCGCUCAUCGACGUGGGCUACACGCCCGACGGGCUGCAGUUCAGCAUGUGCCUGCUGGACCGCUGGGAUUACAUGAUGGCAGUCGCUGAGUUCCUCUUCCUGCUUUGGGCGGUGUACCUGUGCUACGCCGUGAGGACGGUGCCUUCUGCCUUCCACGAGCCUCGCUACAUGGCCAUCGCUGUCCACAAUGAGCUCGUCCUGUCCGCAAUCUUCCAUGUCCUCAGGUUCACGCUGGCCCCUGAGCUCCACCCUGAUUGGAUGCUGCUGCUGUUCUUCACCCACACCCACCUGACUGUAACGGUCACGCUGGGCCUUCUUCUCAUUCCCAAGUUCCUGUUUGCCGGCACCCACAUGCGAGACGAUAUAACCUCGGAGGCCUACGAGGAUGAGCUGGACAUGGGUCGUUCGGGGUCCUACCUCAACAGCAGUAUCACCUCGGCCUGGAGCGAACACAGUCUGGACCCCGAGGAUAUUCGGACGCCAGACGAAACGGGCCCUCUCAGUUCUAUUAAUGGCUGUGGCGUAAGAUCAUGCGACAGUCUUUGGGAAAAACGUACCAACGAGGAGUUGAAGAAGCUCUACUCCCAGCUGGAGAUCUACAAGAGGAAGAAGAUGCUGGCCAACAACCCUCAUCUCCAGAAGAAGCGCAGCUCCAAGAAAGGUCUCGGUCGUUCGCUCAUGCGGCGCAUCACGGAGAUUCCGGAAUCUGUGCACCGCCAAUGCAGCCGGGAGGAAAAGGACGUCGGGGAACACACCGGAAACCGGAACAGCAUCUGCGUGCUAAAGAAAAACACGUUUGAUCAGACCAUGAAGCCUGUCAAGGAAGAGACGCUGAAGAACAAGAUGUUCUCCCUGAAGAAGUCUCACAGUAGCUACGACCACGUCCGCGAUCAGAGCGAGGACUCCAGCAGCUCUGCCACAGACAAGAUGGAGGUGAUGGUGGCUGACGGCUCCCUCUUGGACACCUUGAUGGGGAAGAAACUGGUCAAGAAGAAAUCCAACGAAAACCUCGGCGCUCCGAGCGAGUCCACCGAGUCGGUGCCGCUGGUCUGCAAGUCAGCUAGCGCCCACAACCUCACCGCCGACAAGAAGCCCCUUCAUCCUCGCCCCUCAAUGCUGCAGAAGUCCCUCAGCGUCAUCGCCACCGCCAAGGAGAAGACGCUCAGCUUGACAGGGAAGACUCCGAGUGCCGAGGACGGCAAUAAGAAGCCCAAGAGCGCUGGGGAAGCGGAGAACGUCCCUAAAGGCAGAACCGAUCCAGUCAAGGGAAAGGAUCUGUACGAUCUCUCCGAGGUGUGUCCCUGGGAGGUGGAGGACGUCCCAACUCCUUCGGAAAACAAGAUCCAAAAGCAUGUGUCCAUUGCGCCCAAGGAAACAACCACCGUGCACGGGGGGAGCACCAAGGGAGGAAAAUCCCAGAAGCAGAAAGUCACAGAUUCGUCUCCGUCCGGCGUCAGGCAGAAGACACUUCGAGAGGAGGUGUGUCCCUGGGAGGACACUAACCAGGUGGAAGUGUCAACGCAAGCUGCAAAGACCAACAGAGAAGACGUCUGCCCGUGGGACUAUGGCGAGACCACAGAGACUUGUCCGGCAGCCAAGCAGAGGAAAGGUGCCUCGUCUCCGGAAGCCAGGAACACUUCUUCCAAAGCUGAAGUCUGUCUCCGGGACAACCCUUCAUCCCCCAACACAGAGAGCCCUCAUCGGAGCGCCAAACCCAAGGAGUCCCCUUCGAAAAGGAGAACACUUGAGAGAGAGAAGGAUACGUCAAAAGACAACAAGGACGAGAAAAGUAGAACAAAAGCUAAGGACAAGAGUAAACCAUCCGAGAGCCAGCAGAGAUUAGCCGAGGUUUGUCCCUGGGAUGUGGACAGCCAUCAGGAGGUGGCGGCCGUGGAGAAGCGGAAGAGUGCCAACGUCGGAGCCGUCAAAGCCAAGAAAGCUGAAGUCUGUCCGUGGGACUUCGAGGACACGUCAGAUCAAAAAGACAAAUCUUCUGCAGGGAGGAAGAGCGCUCUCAAUGCUGGCCCAGUCCCAAAGACGGCCGAUGUUUGUCCCUGGGACUUUGAGGACAAGAAGGCGUGACACUUUGCUGACGCUCUCGCUGUCCAUGUGUCUUUUUUUGGAAAACACUUCAAUCUUACAUUUUCCUAGCAGUCGGUGACUCGGAUGAAAUUCAGUUCCACAAAGUUGCCUUCCUUUAUGAGCUUUUUGGUUCGGGUCAUUUUGACAGAUUUUACACACACACAAAAAAACAAGAUGGCCGCUAUGAUGAUGAUGACGAUGGUGAGCAUUCCAGUUGACUACAGGGACAACCUGGGACAAAUCUUAGACUAAUUAUGCAACUUUUGAUUCAGCCUUGUCACUCAAUUAGCAGUCACAUUAUGGGAAGGAAAGAGAAGGACGCUGAAAAAAAAGCCAAAGAAUACGGCAACAGAGAGGGACAAACUUCUCAGUGAGGAAAUCAGUCUGAAGCACUUUAGCCAACUCCAUUAGCAGACGACGCGCUUCUCUUCAUCUUCACACCUUCCUCUUCUCCUUUUUUGAGAUCGAUUCAAUUGUAGUCCUCCGAGUCUGCGGCGGAAGACGUACUGUAUGUGCCUGAGUAUAAGUAAGUAAGCAUAGUCUCGUCUUACGUCGACAAAAGUGAACAAUAUAAAAGCAGCGUGCGCGGCAGCCCGUAAUUAUGCUAAACAUUACACAACCCUUUAUUGUCAACAGUUACUUUGUGUUUUACAUACAGUAGAUUCCAGGCUAUUCACUAAUUCUCAAACUCCCGCAAAUUGGCCGACGAUCUGUGCGUCUUUCUAGAUAUGAUCCUUGACUCUUGCAAGAUAUGGUAAGUUUUUGAGUUUUUAAACCCCUUAAAAAGGUUUGAGUUGGCAAAAUAAGAAGACAUUGAAUAUUUUAAGCAGGUUAGGUUACAAAAACUUGCUUGAAACAUUGAAUUUCUUUUUCUUAGCCCGGAAAAGGGUGGAGUGCCAUCUCCGGGUUGGGGAGGAGAACCUGCCCCAAGUCGAGGAGUUCAAGUACCUCGGAGUCUUGUUCACGAGUGAGGGAAGAGUGGAUCGAGAGAUCGACAGAAGGAUCGGUGCGGCGUCUUCAGUAAUGCGGACGCUGUAUCGAUCCGUUGUGGUGAAGAAGGAGCUGAGUCGGAAGGCAAAGUUCUCAAUUUACCAGUCGAUCUACGUUCCCAUCCUCACCUAUGGUCAUGAGCUUUGGGUAAUUACCGAAAGGACAAGAUCACGGGUACAAGCGGCCGAAAUGAGUUUCCUCCGCCGUGUGUCAGGGCUCUCCCUUACAGAUAGGGUGAGAAACGCUGCCAUCUGGGAGGAACUCAAACUAAAGCCACUGCUCCUCCACUUUGAGAGGAGUCAUAUGAGGUGGUUCAGGCAUGUGGUCAGGAUGCCACCCGAACACCUCCCUAGGGAGGUGUUUAGGGCACGUCCAACCGGUAGGAGGCCACGGGGAAGUCCCAGGACACCUUGGGAAGACUACGUCUCCCUCCCGGCUGGCCUGGGAAUGCCUCGGGAGGAGCUGGACGAAGUGGCUGGGGAGAGGGAAGUCUGGGCUUCCCUGCUUAGGCUGCUCCCCCCGCGACCCACCUCUGAUAAGCAGAAGAAGAUGAAUGGAUGGUUAGGUUACCAAUAACGCAGAGAUGUGGAUGUUUUGUUCAGAUAGUUUAUUGGCUAGCAUAUAUAAAUUGACCUACAUUGAAUUGAUUUUUUCUUUUGGGAAACCUUGGUCUAGAGUAUCAAACACAGGCUUUUUUAUUGGUGUAAACCCCUUGAAAAGUGAGGAUCUACUGUAAAAAGUACAGAUCCCAAGUCCAUUCUUGUAAAAAUAACUUCACAGUUAGCUUGUGUUAGCAUUAGCCUAGCAACCCUGUUAAAUCAUCUUGAAAGAAAACACAUAGCUUUCAAAUCGCAAAUCUCUAUUCCAGUGCGAUAACAAAAGUUAACUUAGGAAGAAUUAAAUGAGAAUCUUCCCCCCAUUUUUUUCUUUCUUUUGUGCGUUUCUGUGUUGAAAAUGUAGCAUUGCUAGCAGUAGCAGGUUUCGACUUAGCGGUGACUGAUAGAACUAAAACCUUCCGAAGGUUUUGCUUUGUGCCACGUUUUGUAUCGGAAUGUCGUUACUGCUCGUCACGCGCUCAGUCCGUGUAGUCAAAAGUUGAACAAUAACCCAAGAACAGCUACCGUGGACUAUGUCUUGUGUGCGAACGUCGUCACUGAAUGUCGUCACUGAUUAUUUGUGAUUGUCCACUUGGUCGUAAUCGAUGUCGCUAUACUCAGCGUUCGAGCUAAUCAAAUGUACUUUUAGUUUUCAACUCAUGAGAGUCCACAAAGUAUCUGACAUUAGUAUUAAAAUGUUUAUUAUUUUUAAAUUUGAGUCUGAGAAAGCACUGCCACGUUGAAUUUUACUGCCCUGAAGAUGACUAAUUAGCUGUAUGUUUUAUAAACAGAAGUAGCCUUUGUUGUCCUUGCGGGGAAAAACGGUCUUAAAUCAGACAUGUUUAAUUUUUAUCUUCAUUUAUAUGUAUUUAUUUGCUUGGAUGAAAUCUGUCAUUCCAACAUGAACUGGUUGGAAUUCAGAGUGUUUUAUUAAAAAAAAAGAAAAAGAAUGCAUGGCAAGAAAUAUUCCCAAAAACAAACAUUCCGGUGCCAAAACUACAGGCGUUUUUGGUUGCAAAAUAAAAUGAAUUUAAAGCCAUUAAAAUAUGACAUUUCAUCAGGAAAUAAUAUGCAAUUAAAUACGUUUUAAAAUAUUAUUAGGCCAUGAAAAAUGUAAAUCAGUUAUUUAAUAAAUGCAUUUUGGAUUAAAUGUAUAUAAAUCUUAUUUCACAAUGUAACUUAUGGACAAUUUAAUACAUUAUUUCACACUUUUAAUUUACAUUUUUGACCAUUUUAUUGUUUAACCAACAUGCUAUUUGAGAAGUGUGUUAGACAAAGAUUUAGUACCAUGUGCAUAAUGUAUUAUUAUUUUGUAUUUAUUAUUACAAAUAAUAAGGAUGAGAAUCCUAUAACAACUUUAAUUUAACGAAUUUGAUUUUGAUUCUCGGGGUGACGAUUCGAUUCAGAAUCGAUCGUGAUUCAAAUCAGUUUUCGCAAUAUAUUGGUAUAAAAUGUAUAAUAAAUCCUUUUAAAACAGGUUACAAUAUUGUUGAGAAUAUAUACUUAAAACAUUUUUUUUAUUCUUUAUCGUUUUUUUCUUUUUAUUUUUUCAACAAAUAAGGAAUUCAAUGCCGAUUCCUGGAUUGACUAUUCAAUUCAGAAUUAAUUUUGGCGAAAUGUUAUUUGGUAUAUAAAUUAUAAAAAAAACUUUUCAAAACAGGCUACAGGUUACAAUAGCAAGACAGGUAUUUUUAAAAGUAGAUUCUUGAAAAAAUUAUAUAUCUAUAUAUAUAUAUAUAUAUAUGUAUAUGUAUAUAUAUAUAUAUAUGUAUAUGUAUAUAUAUGUAUAUAUAUAUAUGUAUUUGUGUAUAUAUAAGACAUGAACCUGGGGAUAGGUUGAUUGGCAACACUAAAUUGGCCCUAGUGUGUGAUUGUGAGUGUGAAUGUUGUCUGUCUAUCUGUGUUGGCCCUGCGAUGAGGUGGCGACUUGUCCAGGGUGUACCCCGCCUUCCGCCCGAUUGUAGCUGAGAUAGGCGCCAGCGCCCCCCGCGACCCCGAAAGGGAAUAAGCGGUAGAAAAUGGAUGGAUGG